ACAACCUGCUGUUAGUCUGGUAUUUUGUCCUAAUCCGCUUGCCGUACCUCUGUGUAGGUCUGUGUGUGUUUGGAGUGGUAUACGCCCCAUUCCGUUAUUUGAGUCCAAGCAUGUAAGUUGUCUGCUGCUCUGCUGGUUAAUAAAACCACGUUAACUGAAUAUACUGCUUCAUCAUUAUCAUACUGGUGAACAUACAACAUGGUGUCAGAAGCGACAGAACACGUUCUUCGUAGUUGACGGUAUUUUUUUCUCCCGUCUCAAGUCUAUUUUGUGGGUGCAUUUUUUUUCGUGUCCGGACUACAGCCGACAUGGCGGAAGGAUUCAGGAGGCCCGACCCGCUUGUUUUCGAUGAUCCACUUUCCAGCAGUCUGAAGAAGAGGACAACUUUGAUGUCAUGACGGUGAGCUGCAUCUCUUCUUCACGUCUGGAGGAACUUAAAGGACACACAGCCGAGGAUGAGACAUUGCAAGCGCUCAGCUCGUUCAUCAAACAUGGUUGGCCACAACGACUCCACAACCUUCCCACGGCGGUUCAUCCAUAUUUUCCUUUUAGGGAUGAGCUGACUGUGGAUGAUGGCAUCAUUCUUAAAGGUUUUAAAGCCGUGAUCCCAAAAUCACUGCAAGGAGACUACAUCACCAUCAUGCACAGAGGACAUCCCGGCGUAGAAGCUACCAAGCGGAGAGCACGGGGGAUCGUCUUCUGGCCAUUCAUGUCAAGAGAUAUUGAACAAACAGUUACUUCUUGCUCGGUGUGUAACAGCACUAAACCUCAUCAACAAAAAGAGCCCCUUCAUCUGCAUGAUGUUCCAGAUCUUCCUUGGUCAACUGUGGCUACAGAUAUCUUUGAGUGGCAUUGUCAGCACUAUUUAGUAGUAGUCGACUCAUACUCAGGCUGGUUUGAGAUUGACCUGCUGAAGGAUUUGACAUCAGCGACAGUCAUCAAAAAGCUGAAAAGACACUUCUCAGUUCAUGGUGCUCCACACACUCUGAUCUCAGACAAUGGAAGGCAGUUUACAAGCCAGUGUUUCAAAGACUUCGCUUCACAGUGGGACUUUCGACAUGUCACCAGCAGUCCAGAGUAUCCUCAAUCCAAUGGGCUUGCUGAGAGAGCAGUGCGCAGUGCUAAACAGCUGAUGGAGAAAUCUCACAGAGAUGGCACUGAUGUAUUUCUCAACCUGCUGAAUCUCAGGAAUGUUCCACGUGAUGUGAACCUGGGUUCCCCUGCAGAACGACUUCUAUCCAGACAGACUCGAACUACGCUCCCAAUCACAACCAAACUGCUCGAACCACGACACCAUGGAUCUGAGAAAGUGAAAGCCCAGCUACUCAACAAGAGACUAACUCAGAAGGUCUGUUAUGACAGGUCCAGCCGACCACUUCCACCUCUUGAAGAAGGACAAGUAGUGAGGUUACAGACCGCACAGGGUUAUGACCGCACAGGUGUGGUGAAGGAACUUUGUAAAGAACCUAGAUCCUACCUGGUACAGUCGGAUGGGAACAUUUACAGGAGAAAUUGCAGACACAUGUUGCCUGUGUCUGAGCCUGCUACUGUUCAGAAAGACACUGAUCAUCAUCAUUAUGAUGGACUGCAGGGUGUGGGUGAAAACAAUGAUGUAGAACAGUUUAAAGACAGCACUCAUGUUGAGAGCUCUUCUGAUGUUUUGCAUUCUCCAAGACCUUCCAGGAGUGAUGGUGUUUACAGGACACGCUUUGGUCGUGUAUGCAAACCAAAUCCAAGAUAUAGGGAUUAAUUGGGUACUAGUUAAAACACAGAACUUGUUCAGGUUUGAUAUUUGAUCCAACAGUAACUGAUGUCCACGUUUCAAGUUAAAAUUCUGUUUGAGGUAAUUUUCAGUAGUGAUCAUAUUUAACUUUAUACAGCAAAAUGAUAUUUUGUCAUGUUUAUUUCUUCCAUCCGGUUGUAAAUUUAAAUGUUCCUAAGGAUCAGCGUAUGUCACCUUUUAAUGCUGUGAUUAUUGUUGUUUAGCAUGCAUUAAACUUUAUAUCCGGUUAGGGGUGUACUAAAGAAGGAGGAUGUAGACAACCUGCUGUUAGUCUGGUAUUUUGUCCUAAUCCGCUUGCCGUACCUCUGUGUAGGUCUGUGUGUGUUUGGAGUGGUAUACGCCCCAUUCCGUUAUUUGAGUCCAAGCAUGUAAGUUGUCUGCUGCUCUGCUGGUUAAUAAAACCACGUUAACUGAA